GGAACAGCAGAUGUGAGGAUGGACUUCUGAGAGAGACGGACAGUGCCCAGAUUCACCCAUUCCUCCCUGGAGGGAACUCAGUCUUUGUCUCUUUGUCUCCGGGAUUCUCUUCGUAUGUUUGUCUCUUGUCUUUCCCUGUGAUUUCUUCCCUUCUCCCUCUUUCUGCCUCUGCUGCUGCAUCUGUGUCUCACUGUCUCUGCCUCUCUCUUUCUCCUUUCUCUGCAUGUCUCUCUCUAGGAUUCCAGCUGGAUUUCACUCAGCAGGAAUGGUCAUGGAACUGUUGAUGCUGGCCUUGAUACUGGUGACCACAGGCUGGGCUGAGGACAGGGACAAGGUUGUGGGAUCCCAUGGCUACAACUGUAGAGUGGGAGAACACCCCUACCAGGUUGCUCUCUUCUAUUCAGACCACUUGCUGUGUGGUGGAGUUCUCAUACACCCUCAAUGGGUUCUUAGUGCUGCUCACUGUCAAAAACCGAGACUACAGGUCCUCUUGGGCAAACACAACAUUCAGCAGUGGGAACAAAGUCAGCAGCUGAGCACAGUUGUCCAGGCUAUCCCACAUCCAGCCUAUAACAGAGUUCCACAUGAUAAUGACAUCAUGCUGCUGAAGCUACCUCGGGCCAUGACUCUGUCGCCCCACAUCCAGCCUCUGGCUCUUCCUUCCAAAUCAGACUGCACAGACAAUUCCACCUCAUCCUGCGUCAUCUCUGGCUGGGGCAAGACAGAUGUGCAGGGUCAUUACCCAGACGUACUCCAGUGUGCCUCCAUCCACCUUGUGCCUCACAAGACCUGCCAGCAGGCCUAUCCCGACCAGAUUACUGCCAACAUGGUGUGUGCAGGAGACAAGAAGAGUGGAACAGACUCUUGCCAGGGUGAUUCCGGGGGACCCCUAGUGUGUCAGGGACGUCUUCGUGGUCUAGUGUCCUGGGGGGAGGUUCCCUGUGGCUCAGCCCAGAAACCGGGAGUCUACACUGACGUGUGCCGAUACUCUGACUGGAUCCAAAGAACAAUUCAAGCCAACUGUCCUCCGCCUGCAGCUUCUGACCUCUGACCCUACUGGCUGGUUCCGUGUCCUCAUGUGCCAAACUCACCCUAGUCUUUUUUCUUCUCCUACCAGAAGCUGUGCACUACAAACUGACACAUUCAAUAAACUGAAUUGGAUGUCUUUUCUGUACAAACCAA